UAAAGCUAUGGAUAAUAUUAUACGAUACAUACAUAUUAAAGAGAGAAUUAUAAGACUGUAAACAAAUAAAUCAGAAAGCAUUACGUUUGUACGUCUAAAUAUAUCAGUACAUACAUAGGUAUAUCUCGAAUACAUAAUGAUGUGUACGACGACAACUCUGGACAAAAUAGUGAUUAUAUUUGCCUCUUAGAUUUGAUUUGUUGACGAUGAAAAUUUAAGUUCAUGGUUUCUAUUGCAUACUUGAUAAUUCGGGUCAGAGUGAGAAAAGUAUUAGGUCAAAUGAUUUAAAAAUUAGUCAUGCCAGGUUUAGAAGAAAGUAUUUCACACGAUACCAGUCCUCCCACAGAGAGCCUAAUGUCCGAUGGAAUUGUUUCCGAGCAAGUGAAAAAGUUUUUGUUCACCUCUCGUAAAACUCAAGAUAACGUGCAGUGCAACGACACGUUAGAAAUUUAUAUCCCAGAGUUACUUCAGGCUAGUUAUAGUUUUUAUACGUGGCCAUCCGCUCCUGUAUUAGCUUGGUUUCUUUGGGAGCACAAGGAAGAACUUAUUGGAAAGAGAGUUCUAGAACUUGGCUCAGGUACAGCUCUUCCUGGGAUCUUAGCUAGUAAAUGUGGUGCUAUCGUAACUUUAAGUGAUUCCGCUAGUCUUCCUAGAAGUCUCCAACACAUAAAAAGAAGUUGCGAAUUAAAUGGUAUUCUCUCUCAAGUUCAAAUUGUCGGUAUUACGUGGGGAUUAUUUUUAUCUAGUUUAUUUACCAUCGGACCGUUAGACAUAAUCCUUGGAUCUGAUUGUUUUUACGAACCGGCAGUAUUUGAGGAUAUAGUUGUUACAAUAGCUUUCUUAUUGGAAAGAAAUCCAAAUGCAAAAUUUCUUUGUAGCUAUCAGGAACGAAGCGCGGAUUGGUCCAUAGAACAUCUGUUAAAUAAAUGGAAUCUUACUUGUACUCAUAUAUCGCUGGCUGAACUUGGCACAGACUCUGAUAUAAACAUAUACGACUUAAUGCAAGAUCAUACUAUUCACUUAUUAAGUAUACAACGUGCGACUUGAGUGGCUUUAAAUUGUCAUGGCUAGUCGGUAUGUUGUCCAAGUACAUAAUAUUCCUUGGACAGUUUGUACCUCUGAGCUUAAAGAAUACUUUACAAAGUUGGGUAAAGUGAAAAAAGCACAAGUAUUAUUUGGUAAAGAUGGUGUCA